AUGGCCUCACUCUUGCUACAUCGGAAUGGGGCUCCAUCGUCGGUUCCGUCGCCUCCGCCUUUAGCCGGUACCGUCAUCGGCGUGAUAUUGUUCACCAGCGCCAUCUCUAUCCUAUCGUGGUUGCUCACGCAGAGGUCACUUGCCGUGAAGACUUGGUGGCAUCUCCCGCCCAUCGCCUGGUUGGUUUUUACCCUCUAUGUUGAUUCGUGGACGUUCGUGUUCGCGACGGGCAUCAUCAACUAUGGCAUAGGCAUCGACUCGAAUGAGGGCGUCUGCUCGGCUGCAAUCCUCUCGUAUCUCUUUUGCUAUAUGUCUACCAAAUUGAUAUACAUGUUUCUUGUCGAGAAAGCGGUAGGCAUUCUUACUUCGCCCUUGAAUACACGCCCUCGGAGACUCACGACAGAAACUCAGUUCAUCAUCCGAGGUGGCCCAAAAAGGAGGCUUGAAUCCAAGAUGUAUCUCUUCAACUCGUUUGGAAUACUAACUAUUUAUGGGAUAAUGUCUAUCUUGAAUUUUGUCUAUCGUAACGCGCGCCUGGAAAAAGGACGGUGUGUCAUCGGAAUAGGUAGACAGGGUCUCAUUCCUCUCAUAUCUCUUGAUAUUGUGGUAAUGGUCUAUCUCACGAUCCUAUUCCUAAACCCCCUACAAGGUCAGAAACCCCAUUCUUAUGAAGCUGUCCCGGCGGACUCUCUGACCGUUCGAUCUUUAGGUAUACCUGCUUUUCAAAGUAUAUCCGCCGCGCCAGCUAGCCCUAGACUACGUAACGUAGCCAUGCGAACUUUUGUCGGUGCUCUAUGCACUACGACGUCGACCGUAAUAAACCUAAUAGUCCUCAUGGUGCUCGACGGCGAGCCAGGAUGGGUGUUCCUCACAUGUUGUAACGCAGAUAUCCUCUUCUCCGCCCUGGUCAUCCAAUGGGUCACGCGCCACGACACCACAUCGUCGUGCUUCACCUCCCCCGACAAGCACACCUCGUAUCGUCCCGCCCCGGCACCCGCCGCUCCUCCGGCGCCUCCGCCACGCCGUAACACCAAGAAGCUCGCCAUAUCGCUGCCGCUGAAGACGACCAGUACUUCGCAGUACGAGCAUAUCUUCGGGGACCCGGACCCGCCCGACCCUCCCCCGUCGGCCUCCGUAGCUCGUAGCGACAGCGGCAUCGGCACCGGCACCGGUACUUCCAACCACAAGCUAGAAUCGACCUCCCUCGACGAGCCCGACGACGCCACGAUCCUCACCCCGAUCCCGAAACCGAUCCCCGUCGCAAUCGACCUCGGAGGACACACUGAUACGCCAAUCAGCCCGACAAGAAGCCCCAUCCACAGUCCAAGCCACAGCCGCAGCCGCAGCCGCAAACCCCCCAAAGACCGCGACCGCGACCGCGACCACGACCCAGACCGCUCCUGGCUCACCACGCUAACCCGCGCACACGCACAAGCCCUAAUAACAGACCGGGACCUCGUCCCCCUACCCCUCUCACCCGCCAAGCCAAGCGACUCGUCGUCGCCGUCGUCGCCACCGACCGUAUCAGCCGCCGUAGCCGCGGACCUAGAGCGGAUCCGGCGGUACCGGGACCGGCGGGCACCCACAUCACCACCACCACCACCUCCUCCCCCUCCUACUGUGCCGCCUUUACGUGCGCUGCCGUUUACUUCCGCACCAAAUUCCGCGACUACCUCUACCUCCGCCUCCGCCUCCGCGUCUACACCUACGUCGCCGACGACCACGCUAACCCGGACGCCUACUCGGACGACGACGCCGGCGGGGGCGGGGGCGAGGGUAUCGGUAUCCCGGGGCGUGUCGCGGACGCGCAGCAGCGCCCGGGGGGCGCCGGGAUCCGCGUCGCAGUACCGGAUCAGCGAGCUGGCGUUCGAGGGAGACGAGGAGGAGCUGCCGUGGCACGAUCUGGUUGUGAUGGAGGAGGGGGACGGGGAUAGGACUGAUUUGGGGGGUUGGAUCUAA